AUGGUGCUGCAACCAGGUGAUCUGAGCUGGCUGUCAAAAUGCUGCCCAGCUGUGGAAAUGCUGCAGCUGCGGUGGCUGGGGCCGGAGGUGGGCAUCGAAGAGGAGUGGCUCGGUACGUGGGCAUUGUCACUGAAGCUGUUGUCGGUGCAGCUCUGGUACGACGAUUGCUUGGGCUCCCCUCCCGUCAUGGAGGUGACAUCCCGGAUUAUCGAGAAAUGCCAGGCGCUGGAGGCCCUGUGCAUCACCGGCAUCGACUGGCCAAGGGCAAAGGCUGCCAUUCUCCAAGCGCUCCGAGGAUUCCGUCAGAUUGGACAGGCGCAGCCGGCACUAAGACGGCUGUCGUUGGAAGGCUCUCAAGCAUGGCAGGAGGAUGAGCUUGAGUUGGUCAAAGCCCUGGUGCCACGUGUUGAAGUGGUGGUCCUCGAGGACCGGACCCGCUGA